GACCAUUUUCCCCAAAUUCAUGAACGUCAAAAAAUUCAGAAACUUCAUCACAGACAUUUCAAAGUUUCUUAUUUUCGUUUUGAUUUUAUUGGGAAUCCUUCGCAAGGAAUGCUAGAGCCAAAGUAUCCUUGCAUGCUGAGUUAUUCAACGAACGACGUGAUUAACGCUUGCGACAGUCGCGACUCCUAUGUGUUUAAAAAAUUCAUAAACGCCGCUAUUUAUGUGGAGAAAACCAUCCAGAAAAUGGCGCCCGACCUUCAAAAUUAUGAGAAGCAUCUGGCCGAAACGAUCAAAAUAAUGAAAACUAAAAGGUGCUCUUGCAACAUAGACGCAGAUAGUUGUCCCUGUCACCCAACUAUGGCGUCAGGGGACGGUCUGAAGGGUACAAGAAGCGAGACACGGAUAAACUGCGAGGACUCUAACUUUUCCGAGAACCUAGAGAAACUCAAGAGCAUCAACAAAAACAUCAACAAGACCAUAAUCAAACGUCCAAUGCAAACGAAAAUUUCGAAACAAAUCAUCCAACCGAUACUACAGAAAAAAAUAAGUAAACCAACCUUCAAACUGCAGUUAUCUGAACUGGACGACGGUCUGUCACCGAAAGCGGUUCCCUCAGAAACUAAUUUGGGACAAAGCAGGAACCGGGAACCGAACAAGGUUACCGAAAAUCCCGAAAUUAAUAAAAGUUAUCUAUCGGAGCUUGAUACUAAGAACGAAAUAGUUCGCAAGUCCAAAACCGAUGACCAAGAGUCCGAUAACGAAUCAGAAGGCAGCACGACAUCAAGUUCCACCCUGAGUACCUGCUCACAGAUAACCGUAAGAAGAAGCGACAAGGGUUUCAUGUGCGACACUAAAGUAUCACUCUCCUCACUGACUUCGUUCACGCCAACAGAUAACAACAGCGUGCGACAAUGGUUGUCGAAAAAAAUGGAAGAGCAGAAAAAAAGACAACAGGCUCAACGAGAAGAAGAGCGUAAAAAACAAUUGGAAAGGGAGAAGAUACUGCAAAAAGAGAGGGAAAACUUCAAAAUGUGGUUGGCGGCGAAAAAGAGAGACGAAGAUAAAAGAAAAGCUGAAAUGGAAAGGCAACAGCAGUUAGAUCAAUUGAGAGAGUUGGAGAAACAGAAAAGACACCUCGAGAAUCAAAUCAGGUAUCAGAUUUGGUUGAAAAGGAAGGAAGAAGCUGAUAUAGAAAAGAAGAACCAGGAACAACUGAAAAUUUUGCAGGCCAAGAUAGAAAAGGAGCGGAGGACAAUUGCGAACCAAAAGGCUUUCGAAGAAUGGCUAGAAUUUUCCAAAAAUAAACCUAGGCCUCUUCCACUCAAUCAAGGACUGGAUAGUUUGAGGUCAUCUCUGUCUGUCACCUAUGUCAAUCCUGUUCCUUGGGUUCCUAACAUAGAUUUAAAACCAGCUUCUCAAUAAAAAAAUACAUAAAAUAUACAGAAUUGUAUAAGUUAUUGGAAUAUAUGAAUAUACAAUUG